AUGGCAAUGAGAGGUGUGUUGAUAAUAAGUGCAUUGUUUUUGGGUGUCUCCAGUGUUGAGCAUCCUUCUUUUGUGCCAUUUGAUACUUCUCAGUUAGCAGAAUCAUCCUUAUUUGAACAGUUUUUGUAUGGAUCUUUAAAAGAUUCUAACUGGCAGGUUUCCAAAGCCAAGAAGGACGACAAAUUCUCAUAUUCUGGAGAAUGGGCCAUUGAACCAGCAUCUAAGUAUCCUGGGAUUUCUGGUGAUUCCGGCUUGGUUUUGAAGACUAAGGCUGCCCAUCAUGCCAUAUCAUAUAAGCUUGACACUCCGUUUGAUAAUACUGAUAAUGAUUUGGUGUUACAAUAUGAGAUCAAGACUCAAGAUGGUUUGGAAUGUGGUGGAACAUAUAUAAAGUUGUUGAACAAAGAUUUUGAUCAGAGCGGGCCGUUCAGUAGCCAAACUCCCUUUCAACUAAUGUUUGGCCCUGAUAAAUGUGGAUCCAAUGAUAAAAUACAUUUCAUUAUCAACCGAAAGAACCCAAUUACAAACACCUACGAGGAAAAACAUUUAAGUCAAGCCCCUAUGUCUAGGUCAACCCAAGUUUCCACCUUGUAUACUCUUAUAUUUAAGAGAAACUCCGACUUUGAAAUCAGGAUCAAUGGACAAGUGGUAAAAGCUGGUAAUGUCCUUAGUAAGCCUCAUUUAUUGAAACCAAAAUUGAACCCUCCAAAGGAGAUUGAAGACGCUACAAUGAAGAAACCUGAUGACUGGGAAGAUGAAGAGUUUAUUUUCGAUGAGCUGGUACAAAAACCAGAAGAUUAUGAUGAGAAGUAUGCUUCUGCGUUUAUACCUGACCCAGAGGACACGAAACCUGAAGGCUGGUUGGAUGAUGAACCUAGCUACAUUGUGGAUGCAUCUGUCAAAAAGCCAGAAGAAUGGAUUGAUGAAGAAGAUGGAGAAUGGAUGCCUCCCGCACUCAGAAACCCCAAAUGUACUGUUGGUUGUGGUGAAUGGAAACCCAAGCUCAUCUCCAACAAAAACUAUAAAGGGCCAUGGACUCCUUCAUUUAUCCCCAAUCCUCGUUACAAGGGUCAGUGGAGACCUUCCAAAGUGCCCAAUCCAUACUACUACGAAGACCACCAUCCUUCGAAUCUCGGGUUAAUUGGAGGUUUAGGAUUUGAGUUAUGGUCUAUGGAAAAAGACAUAUUGUUCGACAACAUUUAUCUUGGCCAUUCUGUUCAGGAAGCAGAAUUAAUUGGAAACAAGACCUUCAUUCCAAAACUAGAAAUUGAGCAACUAGAUUACGCCCAAAACAGACCAAAAGCUGUCAAGGGACCUUCGCCUCCUCCAAAAUCGUUUGAAGAGAUGUUGAGAGAUGAAGAAAACACUUUGGGUGUGAAGCAAAUCUUGAUUUUCUUUUACUUGAUCUUCAAGAGAGAAUUUCUCAGUAUGCUGGACUUCUAUUAUCAAUUCAGAAAAGAUCCAGCAAACACUCUUUUUGACUAUCCUUUAAAAGCUGCAGUUUACUCUGGAGUUAUAUUAUUUGGUUUCACGUUCUUCUUUGGUACCGUUAAUGCUGUAGUAUUCUAUUUGUCAAGAUGGUCAGAUGCAACCAAGGAAUCUAUAAAUAUGGCUAGAGAAGCUGUUGACCGUGAUUACGGUCUGUCGGACUCAGAAGGUAGUGACGAAGAAAGUGAAGAUGACUCUAACUCCGAAGGCGUACCAAAGAUUUUCGAAAUUUCAGCUGAAGGGGAUGAAUUUGAAAUAAAGGCAACUUCAACAGAACGGAGACAAACUGAAGCAGUUAAGAGAAGUUGA